AUGACUGCGACUUCCAUCUCCCCUCACAAAGUCGCCAGUCGCAAUGUCAUCUUGCCCGCUCCCUCCCCCGAUCCUGUUUCCAUCAGGCUGCCGGACUCGCCUGAGAAGAAUAAUCUGAUUUCUACCGAAAGGCCUCGGGGUCUUCGUCGACUGCAAUCCCACAAUCAGCUCUCCUCGACCAGCGCCAUGGGCACACAAUCCUCCAACCUGAGACCUCGGUCUGGCGUCUCGACAAAACCCUCACGCGAGCAUCUCAUUCUACCUCAGUCCUCUGCGACAAACUCGCAUACUGCUGUUUCAAACCCCGUUAGCCAUUCUCGCGCCCGCGCAAACAGCGAUGCUUCCCUGCCUCAUGUUCCUCGCAACCGCAAGCCGCCUCCUACGCUUCUCUCGAACCCCUCCUCCAACCACAUUCUCACCCAUGCCCGUAAGUCCAGCCUCGAAAUGACCCUUCGCGACGGCCCACCGCCCGGAACUACGGCCGCCACCGCCCUCUCUCUGCUCCGCCACUCUGUCCUUACCAGUGGUGUCAAUGCGACCAAAGAAGGCAUGUCCGAUUAUCGAAUAUAUCUGUGGUUGACCCUUCUGAACAUUGGCCCUCUCUCGACUGAUACAUAUCUCGAUCUCAUACAUCGAAGUCGCAGUCCAGCAUACGAGAAGAUCUCCAACGAUGUUUUCCGCACGCUGGCGACCGACACACUCUUCAAACGGCGCGUUACCGAUGCAAGUCUGACCCGACUGCUGAAUGCGACCGCCUGGCGAAUACAUGAUGAACAAUCCUCCGAUCCUCUCUGCGAGUUUGCUCGGAGAUACCCACAAUCCACUUACAUCCAGGGCAUCAACGUCCUCUCCGCCCCCCUGUUAUAUGCAUCUCGCUCGGAAGCUCAGGCAUACGCAAUCCUGACAAGCCUGUUGACCGAGCAUAUCCCGACAUACCUCUCCCCGACCAUGUCUGGCGUACAUAGAGGGCUUGAUCUCAUUGACAGAAUCUUGUCGGAAAUAAAUCCAACCCUCUCAUCCUUCCUGCUCAGCAAGUCCCUACCGGCCAAGAUCUACGCCUUUCCUUCCGUAUUGACGCUGUGUGCCUGCACCCCACCUCUCCCCGAGGUUCUGAAAUUAUGGGACUUCUUGUUCGCUUUUGGCGUGCAUCUGAACGUCAUCUGUGUGGUUGCACAGCUCUUGUUGCUGAAGGAUAAACUCCUCGGAGAACCCAGCCCUGCGAAGAUGCUCCGAAGUUUCCCAAACCUGAAUGCUGAUGAGGUGAUCAAGAUGACUGUGUGGAUUGUGAGAGAGUUGCCUGAAGACCUGUAUCGCGACGUGGUCAUGCAUGGCCGAGAAAUUUUAUGA